CUCAACAUUGAAAUCAGACAACUGGCUACUUACUUGCAUGAUAAGAGCCGGUAUUUGAUUGAAUGUGAGAAGCAACUUCAAUCAUUGCACCCCAGGCUUGCUCAUCAAGUGGCCUCACAUCACAAGAUUCAUGCGAGGUUUACUGGACACCACUACCAUUGCCUGCAUGAGAUAAGCAUGCUGGAAAGCUUUACAGGGUCCAUCAUGCUAGGCAAAAGCAUGGAAUGA